CAAUUAUGAACAACCGGCCAUGUUCGCAAAAAAAUUUUUUCCAUGUGCAGGCUAGGUAAAGGAAUAGCGAUGGAGGAAGAAAUCGAGGAUCRGCAGAGCAAAGGGAAUCAGGGCACGAAUGGGGAUGGGGAACGAAACGAAGGAUCAGCCAGGGAUCGAGAGUCAGCCAAACUAGAAGGAACCCGAGAAGACGGAAAUGACGCCUCAACUGGAGAAAGCUCGGGGAAAGCUGGGGGUAGCAAAAGGGGACCUCAAGAAAACAGGGAAGGGGGAAAUGAUGUGAGAACAAGCCCUCGGAACUCGGCAGGAACCACCCCUAAAAAGACAAAAGUCUCGGAUGCCAGUCGUAAACUGGCAGAGAUAGAAAAGCGGACUGCAGAAUUUAGGGCAAGGCUUAUUGAGCAGAUGAUCGCCGGGGAUGAGGAGGACCCCCAGGGCGCAGGGUUACGUGAGGGACGCAGGACCGGUCAGGACGAGGCCAGGUAUGAGGGGAAGGAUAAUAGCCACAAAGGAACGCCUAGCAAGAAGGGGAAGGACAAGAACGACCCUCUGGCGGAGGGGAUGGAAAAUGCUAUGACCCCGCCUGCCAUCGACAACGGCACUAGCCAACUGCCAGCCUCGCUGAAAGUAACAGGGGCGUGCGACGGACUCUGGAGCAUUAGGGAAAGGGUGCUAGGAUGGUUUGACCCAGAAGGAACGUCGAAAACCAGGGAGAAGCAGAGGGAAAGCAAGGAAGGGGAAGGGACCAGUGCAGUUGGAGAAGCGGGUAGCUCCGAAGGUGGUCUCAAGAGGAUAGUCACCACCCUCACCCGGGCACUAAACAAGAACCAGGGGUAUCUCGCAGAUGCAAAGAAGAAACUCACGUUCGAUGGGGCCAACAUUACGGAGUUUCUAAUAGACUAUGAGAACCUAGCAGCCUUACUUAAAUGGACGGAAGAGGAAAAGAUGGAGCACCUAGGGCAGGACGUGUCGCUAAGCUUGGGAAGGGACAUUAUGGCCAUCGUCGCCUCAAGUGGAUCCUGGAAAGAAACCAGGAAUGAGAUGAUGAGGAAAUACCUGAAGGCAGAGAAAAUGGCAACAGAGGCCGAAUUAGCCGCAGUCCAGAGGAAAAACUAUGCGACUUACAACGAUUUCCUAAGGGCGUUUACGAUAGUGGCUCUGCGAAUUCCCGGGGUAACGGAUCGCAUAAUGAGUAAAUACUUCCUCAGACAGUUCUCCGAGUUUGAUAAGGAUAAGAUUCUGUCAGCAUAUCAGCAGACCAUUAAGUUUGAAUAUACAAGGGAUGUGGAUUUCAGUACGGUAACAGACCUUGCAGAGAAGACAGUGGUAACCGAGACCCUAGCCCUGCUUAAGGAAGGGGAGGUUAUAGACCUGACCGGGAAAACGGGGGAUAAGGUCAAAAAGGGAAUAGAGAGCCUGCAUGAAAGGGUGCACGGGGUUGACAGCAAGAUGGACAUAAUGGAAAGUGCGCUAUUAGUAAUGCAGGCACAGGUGUCCCGACCCGCCCUCCCGCCCCAAGAGGCCGUGGUUCCGACCGCUGUAGCAAACCGGGGAUUUAUAAGGCGGGACCCGGCCAACGAACAAUGCAAGUAUUGCACCAUGAUCGGGCAUUUCGUACGGGCCUGUCCGAGACUUCAUCACGAUAUCGAGCGGCAGAGGUGUAGCAGGUCCCUCAAAGGCGAGAUCCUCGGACCCAGGGGAGAGCGUGUCAAUUGGAACUCGCCAGGAGGGAUGCGGCGAGCCGUCAUUCUCCUGAAUAACUUAGAGAUAGCUGUCGUAGAAGCAGAGCCGAUAGCCGAGAUUGUCUGGGACCAGCCAAGGGGACGGGGACCACAGACCAAUUUUAUCCUAGAAGGCAAUGGGCAGGAUAGGGUAAAUAUCACUACCCGACGGGCUGGCGCGGAAAAGAAGCUCAUCCGAGACACAGUAAUGGAAGAAGCCGCGGGGGCUAGUGCGGAACAGGAGGAAGUUGAGGCCGGGGAACAAGAGAAGGUCUACGCAAAAACGAGGGAAGAAGAACUGGUAGACAAAGCCACGGCGGCAAAAAAUAAGUUCAAAUACCAGAUUCUGAUUCUGACGUUGCCCGAAUUAGAUGACACACUGAGCAAACUCUUGGGCACCAUGGUCUCAAUAUCCUUCCAGACCAUGCUGCAGCCAAGCCCGAGACUGCUCAAGGGCCUCAGGCAGCUAUUGACGCGUAGACGUGUAGAAGUAGAGGAGGCUCCGGAACCACAGGAACAAGGACCCGAGGAGGGAGAGGCGCCACAAGGAGUCUCUAACCUCCAAAGCAUUCCAGGGGGCUUGGAAGACUUGGAAAAAGCCUUUGCCGAUAUUCGUCUGAGUCUAUCGGACCGAGAAGGUGGCGAAGUAAUGAGAGCACCGCCCGACACUAAACUUAGCUUCCACGCACUGCCUGUAGGAAAACUUAAAGUCGAGGUCGGAACCCACCACACCGAUACAUUAGUGGAUGGCAGCGCAAAAAUUACCCUCAUACGACGGGAUUUCGCAACGAUCACGCAGUGCACAGUAAACAAGGAAGUAGCAGGGAGUAUCAGGGGAGCAAGCGGAGAAAUUCCCUUCACUAGGUAUGUUACCAAAUGCGCGGUCAGGGCAGGAAUUCGGGAAUCCAUCUGGUCUUUCCAACGGAUGACCGUCAUGGAAGAAAUGGACCAUGACAUAAUCCUUGGGAGACCUUGGUGCGCCAAUGUARRAAUGAUUGGCAUGCACUUGCAUGAYGRCACGUACAUGGUAGACAUAGAGGAUCCGGUGAYAGGGCGCGGARAACUCCUCCGACUCCUCGGAACUGGAGGGGAYCCUCCCAAGGGUAAACUGGMAACCUGGUCGCCGACGUUUGAAGAAAGUGCACRGAAAGGCACAAUCGCACAGAUGGAAGGUAUGAGAGAAAGAGUAGAAAUCAUGAUUGAGGAAGUCUUUAGCAAGAAGGAGUGGAUCAAGAUGGGUCUACCCCUGAAGAAGAGGAGGCAAGAGGAUGAGGCCCUGGAAGUUAUGGUGGCAGAAAAAGAGUCGGAAGUCGAACUUGGAGCCAGCCUGCCCAAACCAAAGGAAGGCCGGAACGAAACGUUAGAGGUGGUGCUUGAAAUCCCAGAUUUGUUACAACUCGUUAAGGCCAUUAGGUAUCACAAAGUGGGGGUGGACCCCGCAUCGCUUGCUAGAUUUGAGGAUGGGGUCCGAAAGGGUUACUGUCUGAAUGGAAAGGCAUACCUAUUCGGACGGCGAUUUAUCGUAAGGAUCGAUCCUACCAAUGUCGCCGAGGCCCUAAAGAACUACAAGCCUAUAGACCCGACCGUUGGCAGAUGGAUAGGCUUCAUAUGGCAAUUCGACUAUAAGGUCGAGCGGAUUGCGGGGCUUCGAAACAGGGCAGAUGGGCUGAGCAGGGUAUGUAUCACACCAGAAGGAGUAGAGGACGCGAAACCAAUCGACGCCUUCCUGGAGUAUGAAGGAGGGACCCUUGUGGUGGAUAAUGAGAUGGCAGAUCCAGCAAUUACAACAGGUCAGUUGCUGAUUCUGACCUUGGAAAAAGGCGUGCCUCCAGUAGUUGCAGAACUCAGGGAAGGACCAGCCACCACUGUCAGGCGUAAAGAGGAGAAGGACUCAUGGGGAGCAAAAGUAGGGGUCAGAGAAGAGCUAAUGGCGAUGGCCGUGGAAGGGGGACGGGACGCCGUGAUGACAUUGGCCGAAACCUGGGCACAGAAGGAGUGUCAGUACCUAGUGAAUCUCACUCGGGAGGAGCGUGGUACGGAUCAGAACGAACAAGAAUUCUUCCUCAUACAGAUGUACGAGGGCGUCUUCAAAGAAAUCGGUCUGCUGCUUGUAGGGAACAAACAACCUACGGAAGUCAGUCCCAAGGCAAGGGAGGAAGUAGAAAAGUAUGUCCUAAGAAAUGGCCACCUGUUCAAGAGAGAGGAAGGGAUGAUGCCUAGACGCGUCGUUUGUGGGAGGUCUAGGCAGCUGAACGUAAUUCAGGCAAUGCAUGAUGGGCUAGCUGGGGGUCACCGGUCGUCAAAGGGGACACUUGCAAAGAUUGUGCCCCUGUAUUUUUGGUCGGGAAUGGCAGGCAUGGUCGCAACGUACUGUCAGACGUGUCUGAUAUGUCAAGAGACGAGCUCCGUACGGGUUUACGAGCCCCUUAGACCCACUCGGGUACUAGGACCCGGACACCUUGUUCACCUCGAUCUUGCGGUUAUGCCCGUAUCGACGGAUGGGUUUAGAUACAUCUUGGAUGCAAGGGAUAAUCUCAGUGGCUAUGUAGAAGCCGUAACCCUCAAAAAGAAGACGGGGAAAGCAGUGGCCGAUUGGGUGGACGAUUUCUACCUAAGACACCCCUUCGUGCGCAGGUUUAUAGCAGACAAUGGGACAAAAUUUGUUAACCAGGAGGUAUUGAACAGGCUUAAGACACUGUGUGUACCAAUAAAGAUCACUAGACCCUACCACCCGGAGGCAAAUGCACCAGUAGAAAGGGGGUACCGGACCUUGAAAAACACAAUCGCUAAGCUUGCAGCAGACAACUUGGGGAACUGGCCACGGUACCUUAAGCAGGCAGUCUUCUCUGAGAACAUGAUACCAAAGAGAACGACGGGAUGCAUUCCAGUGGAGCUAUGGUAUGGAAGGGAGAUUGACUUCCCAGCGGAGGCCCUCGUCCCUACUUGGAACAGGUUAGACGAUAAUCCGCACUUGACCACGGAGGAGUUAAUCACCGCACGUUGCCAGCAGGUCGCCAGGAAUGAGGAGGCAUUGGAGGAAGUAGUUAACCGUGUAACGGAUAGCCGAAUGAAGGACAAAGCAAGGCGGGACCAGGUCAAGAACAUUCGGAAAGAGCCACUCCAGAAAGAAGUGUUCCCAUACAUGAUCGCUAGGUAUGAAGCUUUGAAGGAGGUUGAUUGGGAGCAUAAUAGUCUUUACGUAUUAACCUGUUACUUCAUUGACCUUGACGAAUACGAUACACGGAUCUACGUGCCAAAGGUUAGGUACAGGGAACGAUGGUACAAUAGUUGUUGGGAACGAGCCGUCGGGAUUGUCCUAGAGGAGAAAAGGAUAUUGGAGAUAGAAGGUAUGCGCGUCACCUUUGACAAGGAUCGCAUUGUCACACAUGAGCUGAACUUCUACAUCUUGGACAAGUGUCCUUUCGACGCGGUCAUUGGCUUGGGCUGGUUAAAGCUGGAGCAGCGACCUGUCACCGCCCCCGACGCCAACUCUUCCAACACCUCCGAUCGCCUCGAAGCAUUGGAGAUGGACGUCGGCUCCCUCAAGGACGACGUGCAGUUACAGCAGACCGCAACGCAACAGUUGGAACAACGGAUCUGCACUGCCGCCAACCCCUCGAGUUCGGAACCGCGCGAGACAACUCCAAAGUUUGACGGGCAGGAGAUCUUCUGCGACUCGAUGAAGACAGAUCCGAUUCCAUGGCUCCGCAAGUUCGAGCUCACGCUGCAGCUACACAACGUCAAAGAACACAAGCACCACGCAUACUUAUACUCCCGCUCGGGGGGCGCGUGCCAGGCUUGGUUGGACAAUCUCUUGUCCAAGUACGGAGUGGUAGCUGGUGACUUGCACACCAAGAUCAGCUGGGAUGAUCUGAAGGCAGCAUGGCACAAGUGGUUCCAAGUCGAGCCGCCCGAGAUCAAGGCUAUGGACAAGCUCAUGGUCUUCGAGCAAGGCACGCUGCCGAGUACCGACUGGAUUGCCGAGUACCAACGCUUGACAUCAGUCCCAGACAUCCAAAUGGGCUUCAAAGCCAUCCGCCACUAUUUCAUCUCAAGGUCCUGUCCGACAUUAAGCAAUGCCCUGACUCAUGUCGAGGACACCUUGACGACUACGGCGAAACUUUUUGACAAGGCCGCGCAGAUUAUCAUUACGAACAAGGAGGCUAAGAUCCUGCGUUCGUCUGCGUCAGGCCCGAGCAGGGACCAACAUAGGCCAAGAGUGGUCGUGGAGCUCAUUGAGAGUGUCAUCCCUUUUGACGUGCUUCUUGACCGUAAUCGACGGACCUUGAGGACUGCUGCAACUGCGCUGGUGUGUUCCCAGCCAGCGGAUCUGAGAAGUGGAAGAUUUAUGCACAGCGCUGGAAUAGCUCUUGCAUCUUUAAGCCGUUGUGAAGAUGCCCUCGCCAGAGAGCUCCUGCUUACCACCCCGUAUGUUCCUGGAAUGGAGGUCACUCUGUCAGGUCGGUUGAAGAGUCUUUAUAGUGUGCACUGUAAGUGCAACCUUACGGCUCAACAGUACAGCUUCAUACUAGUGUGCCGUGUUAAACUGUAAAUGUCAUUUGGGCAUCACAAGUGGUUAAUGGGAACCCCACUUUUCAGCUCUUGGGUAACGGGCCAAACCUCAAAAGU